AUGUAUGAGGAAUGGGAGAUCACACAGGUGUGUGGUGUGGCUACAUUGAACAACAAGAUAGUGGGAGGACAGAAUGCUGCUGCAGGUUCUUGGCCUUGGCAAGUCAGCAUUCGUCUCACUGCCGAUAAUUUCCAUUUCUGCGGUGGAUCCCUCAUCAACAGUGGCUGGGUUCUGACAGCAGCACACUGCUUUGCAAAUACCAACUUCACCAACGCUUCUGACUGGACGGUAAUCCUGGGCCGCCUCAUGCAGAACGGCAGCAACUCCAACGAGGUGUCCAUCAAAGUGGCAAACAUCACGUUCAGCAACACUUCACAAAACAACAUAGCAGUGCUGCAGCUGACCGUUAAACCAACGUUGUCCAACUACAUCCAGCCCAUAUGCGUGGACCAGGGCAGCAACAACUUUGCUGUGAACACUCAGUGCUGGACAGCUGGCUGGGGCUCAGGAGGAGGAGCUCAACAAACUCUUCAGCAAAUCAACACUUCUAUCGUGAGCUGUGAUAGUGCAUCUGCAUCUACCAGCAUCUGCACACCAGCCUUUCCACUAGAACAGCGUGAAAGAGGAGGACCUCUGAUGUGUAAGGUUGGGGCGUCGUGGUUCCAGGCAGCGGUUCUGACAUUGCUCACUAGCACAACCAACAGCACUAGCACCAACCCCAACAUCACCAACCCCAACAUCACCAACCCCAACAUCACCAACCCCAACAUCACCAACUCCAGCUCCAGCAAAAGCCUGCAGGUGGAUGUGGUUACUCAGAAGUCAAGCAUAAUAACCUUCUCUAAAACCUCAGACUUCACCUCAUUCCUGCUGCAGAUGGUGGGCUCCCUCCCAAGCACCACAUCUGCUACGACUACUAUGGCCACCCCUACCAAGCCCAGUAAUGGUGCAGCCCAUCUGUUCCUCUCUGUUACAUCAGUUAUCCUACUCUCACUUCCUGGUUAA